CGGUGCUACAGUGGCGCCACCUUUAAGCGUCACGGGCAGGGCUCUGCUUCUGGACCUGUGGGUUUGAACAUGUCGCGCCCCAAGGGAGUGGCGGAGCGGGAUCCGCGGGCUGGUUUCAGGACUGAGAGGAGAUACUGUGGUGCUUCGGUACCGCAGGGGCUUUUGAAGGCGGCGAGGAAGAGCGGCCAGUUAAAUCUGUCGGGUCGGAACCUCAGUGAAGUGCCUCAGUGUGUCUGGAGAAUAAAUGUGGAUAUCCCUGAGGAAGCUAAUGAGAAUCUUUCAUUCAGUGCUUCUGAGCGAUGGUGGGAGCAGACGGAUUUGGCCAAACUAAUCUUAUCCAACAAUAAACUUCAGUCACUUACAGAUGACCUCCAACUCCUGCCUGCACUCACUGUUCUUGAUGUACAUGAUAAUCAGCUGACAUCCCUUCCUUCUGUUAUAAGAGAGUUAGAAAAUCUUCAGAAACUUAAUGUCAGUCAUAACAAACUGAAAGUACUCCCCGAAGAAAUUACAAAUCUAAGAAACCUAAAGGGCCUAUAUCUCCAGCAUAAUGAACUAACUUGUGUACCAGAGGGAUUUGAACAACUUUUCAAUUUAGAAGAUUUGGAUCUUUCAAACAAUUGUCUUAGAACUAUUCCUGCUAGUUUUUCUUCUCUGUCCAGUCUGGUGCGACUCAAUCUUUCCAGUAAUCAACUGAAGAGUUUGCCAGCAGAAAUAAGUGGAAUGAAAAGACUGAAGCAUUUGGAUUGUAAUUCAAAUCUCUUGGAAACUAUACCUCCUGAAUUGACUGGCAUGGAAUCACUAGAAUUACUUUAUUUGAGGAGAAAUAAAUUACGUUUUCUACCAGAAUUUCCUUCUUGCAAACUAUUAAAGGAAUUACAUGUAGGAGAAAACCAGAUUGAAAUGUUAGGGGCAGAACAUCUUAAGCACCUGAAUUCUAUCCUUGUGCUAGACCUGCGGGAUAAUAAGUUAAAAUCUGUUCCAGAUGAAAUUACACUGCUACAGUCUUUGGAAAGGCUUGACUUAAGCAACAAUGAUAUUAGUAGUCUACCCUAUUCAUUGGGAAAACUUCAUUUGAAAUUCCUGGCACUAGAAGGAAAUCCUUUGAGAACGAUUCGAAGAGAAAUUAUAAAUAAAGGAACUCAAGAAGUGUUAAAAUAUCUACGAAGCAAGAUUCAAGAUGAUGGACCUAGCCAAAGUGAUUCUGUUAUUGAGACCGCUAUGACACUACCAAGUGAAUCCAGAGUCAAUGUACAUGCCAUCAUCACAUUAAAAAUAUUAGACUAUAGUGAUAAACAAACAACUUUGAUUCCUGAUGAAGUGUUUGAUGCAGCAAAAUGCAAUAUUAUCACAUCUAUUAAUUUCAGUAAGAAUCAGCUAUCUGAAAUUCCAAAAAGGAUUGUGGAGCUGAAGGAAAUGGUUUCUGAUGUCAAUCUCAGUUUUAAUAAGUUUUCCUUUAUAUCCUCGGAAGUAUGUUUGCUUAAAAAAUUGACAUUUUUAGAUCUCAGGAAUAAUUUCUUAAAUUCUUUGCCUGAAGAAAUGAAGUCAUUGAUACAACUACAAACAAUCAAUCUUUCCUUUAAUAGGUUCAAAAUACUACCUGAAGUACUGUAUUGCAUCCCCACACUUGAAACAGUUUUGAUUAGUAACAAUCAGAUUGGAUAUGUGGACCCUCAGAAAAUGAAGACAAUGAAAAACCUGAUCACAUUGGAUCUUCAAAAUAACGAUCUCCUGCAAAUUCCACCAGAGCUUGGUAAUUGUGUGAAUUUAAGAACAUUACUACUAGAUGGAAAUCCAUUCCGCAUUCCUCGAGCAGCCAUAUUAAUGAAAGGAACAGCUGCUAUUCUGGAAUAUUUGAGAGACCGAAUUCCUACUUAACUUGCAGUUGUUUUAGUCUUGGUCAUGUUAAUUCUUAGAAUUCUUAUAUUGAUAACUAACAUUUUCCUAAGGUGGUGUAUACAUUUAUAAUGGCGAUAACCAUGUACAGUGUUCAUGCAUUUGUUCUGAGUGUUUUGCAGAAGAUUCAUCCUACUCACUUUCAUCUCCCUUACAGCAGAGCAGUUUCUUCAGAAAUGAAUUUUUAUUUGGUGUAGUUUAAUAUUUUUAUAAUGACAAAGUAUUUUUGUAGAAGUGUGUUUUUCCUCCCUCCCAUGUCUGUUUGUGUUACAUAUAAUGUGACCAACUGACUUGAAUAUGACCAUCCAAAUUCUACCGUUUUAUUAUAUAUGAGAUUGAAUUGAAUUUUAUUCAGUACUCUUAUUUGGCAGUUAAAAAAACAAGUCUUCAUUUUACAUGGUAGGACUUUUAUGAUGUGAUUGGUCUCAGUAUAAGUUUUAAAUUAACACUCACUCCCCUGUUUUUGUUUUAAUCAAUUUGAAAUGUUUCUUUUCUAGCCUUUUCCCCAUGUUCUAUGAAAUCAUUUUGUCAGCAUUGGUAAUAUUACAGAAAUGCUGCACAAAAUACAGCAUUGGUAGAAAAAAUAGUAAAAAAUGUUAUAAUUUCUGUCACAAUUUUGAAUUUAAAACAAGUUUUCUUAAUCAUCUUAAUAAUGUUUCUAUACUGUAAUCUCAUACUUCUAGAUUCAAGAAAAAUUUAAAGAGAUUGGAUCUGUGUAUUUCCCACCGAGUGUGAGCAUUUUAAAAAUACCCUUUUUUUAUUUAAAAAAUGUACUGAAGACAUUUUAUUAAUUCUAUGGAUAGCAGCAAAAGAAAAUAACUAACAACAGAUACUGCAUAGAAAUCUUGAAAUGUACUGUGUUUAAAACCUACUAAGCAGGUAUUUGUGUAUAUAAUCUAUUCUGUUGGUAUAUUCUAAUCCAGUUUGUGCAUUUUUUUAAUUUCCAGGGCCUUAAUUUUAAAAUCUGCUUAUACUCUUCAUAAGACCAAAUUGUAGUCCGUCCUGUGGUAAUUUUCUAAAAGGGAGUUUGUUAUAGGUGAGCUUAAUUUAAUAAAAGCAAAUAAAACACUUUUAAGUGGUAAAGACACCUCAAGACAAAUGCUGGGCAUAGAAGCCACAGGGCAUAAAUAUGCAAAGAAGUAAAAAGCUAACCUUUUCAAACAAUAAGGCUUCACUCUCACUUACCAACUUAACAUUUCCCUGUAUGGCCCCGGAAGAUGACUGGUUAGCCAGAGACGGGUAAGAUUCCUCAAGGAAGGAACAACCUAAGACAGGCACAGUCGCAGGGGGGCCAUCAAGUGAGAAAAAGGGGGAUCAACAGAGGUGAGGCUUAGAACCUCUCCCCCCCAUUCUGAGAGAAAUCUUCUGCAUACGUGGAUGUUUUAUUGCCCUUGUCUAGCUUGGAUUAACACAUAGUCUACAGGCACACACUUGAUCAUCUACAUUUGCUCUCUUACAACACUAAACUAUGUUUUCUACCUUUAUCUUGUAUCUACCUACCACUUCAGCAUUUUAUUAAAAAUAAUAAUAAUAAAGAGAGAAAUGUGGUAUCCACAUAUAAAUCAAGCAUAAAAAUCAAAUGAGUAUUCAUAUUUGAACUGACUGUUUAUAGUUCAUAAUGCAUAAGCAAAACCGAAAGCUUCUGUGAUGACUGCCCUUGUACUGUUCACCAUGUAACUUAUUCACUAUGUAAGAAUUUGUUCUCCAUGUAAGAACUUGUUCGUUAUGCCUCAGAAGAUUGGAGACUGACCAAAAUUAGGCUUGGGGUGGAUUAAUGAUUGUGCAUUGAGCAUUGACCCGCCUAUACAGAAUUUUAUUGUUGUUAACAACCAUUUGAUCAAUAAAUAUGAGAGAUGCCCUCACAAACAAACAAACAAACAAAAAAAUAUAUAUAUAUACACACUUCCAAUUGUAAAAUAAAUAAGUAACCGGGAUGUAAUGUAUAGCAUAAGGAAUAUAGUCAAAAUAUUGUAACAACUUGGUAUGGUGAUAGCUGGUACCUAGAAUUAUCAUGUAUAUAAAUGUUGAAUCACUGUGUUGUACACCUGAAACUAAUGUAAUGUAAUACUGUGUGUCAACUACCCUUCAAUAAAAAAUAAUUAUCUGAAAAAAAAAAAAAUUAAGUAAACUAAAAAAAAAAACACUUUUAUUUAUACCAAAAAUAUCAGAAGUAGGCUGAUAAGUCAUUAUAAAACUUACCAUGUAAUCCUAUUAAGUAGACUAUUGAUAGAAUGCAUAUUAAUUUACAUAGAUAGAUGGAUAGGUAGACAAGUAGGAAAGUAAAUAGAAUUAUUGAUAGCUUUUGGAUGAUUGAGGCAUGCUCAUAUUAUGAAAAAAAUCAUUGCAAAUAAAGAUAAAUACUGUAUGUUCAUAAUAAAAGUUACAUUUUUUUCAAA